AUGGGUCGCAUGCACGCUCCUGGAAAGGGCCUGUCCCAGUCUGCGCUGCCCUACAGACGCAGUGUCCCCACAUGGCUGAAGCUGACAUCUGACGAUGUGAAGGAACAGAUCUUCAAACUGGCAAAGAAAGGCCUGACCCCCUCCCAGAUCGGUGUGAUCCUUCGUGACUCCCACGGUGUGGCUCAGGUCCGAUUCGUCACCGGAAACAAAAUUCUGAGAAUCCUUAAGUCCAAAGGUCUGGCCCCAGAUCUGCCCGAGGACCUGUACCAUCUGAUCAAGAAGGCUGUGGCCGUGAGGAAGCAUUUGGAGAGGAACCGUAAGGACAAAGAUGCUAAGUUCCGUCUGAUUCUGAUUGAAAGCAGGAUCCACAGGUUGGCUCGUUACUACAAAACCAAGAGGGUCCUUGCCCCGAACUGGAAAUACGAGUCGUCCACAGCCUCUGCUCUGGUGGCAUAA